UGCGUCUCUCUCGCCUCCACCGCCUCCUGUCCCCUCGCGCGUUCCGCCUCCCAGUUGCGGCUCCCGUCGUUCCCCUCCUCGGUUGCUGAGAUGGCCGGUCGUGGGAAGGCAAUCGGCGCCGGCGCGGCCAAGAAGGCGACGUCCAGGAGCUCCAAGGCUGGGCUGCAGUUCCCCGUGGGAAGGAUCGCAAGGUUCCUCAAGGCCGGCAAGUACGCCGAGCGCGUCGGCGCCGGCGCCCCCGUCUACCUCGCCGCCGUCCUUGAGUACCUCGCCGCUGAGGUCUUGGAGCUGGCCGGAAACGCCGCCAGGGACAACAAGAAGACACGUAUCGUGCCCCGCCACAUCCAGCUCGCCGUGCGCAAUGACGAGGAGCUGACCAAGUUGCUUGGCGGCGCCACCAUCGCCAGCGGCGGUGUGAUGCCCAACAUCCACCAGCACCUCCUCCCCAAGAAGGCCUCUUCCUCCAAGGCGUCCACCGUCGAUGACGACGACAACUGAGGCCCUGACCUGUUCCUCGCUGCCACCGCCUGCACCAUGGAUUAAAUUUGCAUCACAAAAGACGAAGGAGUUUCUUGUUCGUACUCGUAGGAUUUAGUGUCUUGGUUUUCAGGAGAGUCCCGGAUGGCUUGGUAUUAGGAAAAUUUCUAGUUUGGUGGUCGGAUUAGUUGCUUUCAUCCCAUGGCUGUGAAUAUGGCAAACAAAUUUUCGGGUGUUUAAACUCAGAUGUAAGGCUGCUUGAUCCUGUCCGGUUUCUAUGGCUGAAGAAAUUGAAAGGAACUCAACUUUAAGCUUACUACCAAA